CUAAACCGGCCCAGAACAACCAAGAAAAGAACUCAUAACUUCAUAACCGAACCAAAAACAAAAAGAAAAAAGAAAUCACUUCUUUCUUCUCCUAUCUCUCCCCCCCACUCCCCGCCUCAUUUUCCCUCUCUUUCUCUCCCUUUCCCCCUCGCCAAAGCCAAACAGACCCUUCCUCGUUUCAUGCGUCUACCCCCCUGACUUUGACUCCCUCCGCCACCGCCGUCGCCGGUCAUAGACCUUUACCUUUACCUUUCCCUUCCCCUUCUCGCUCUCUAAUGCAUACCUCCACCCCCACCACCGUCACUCCGCCGCCGCCGCAGACGCUGCUCGAUUUGAUCAAUGGCGUGCUCUCCCUCCUCCUCGUCUCCUCCCUCUCCGUCCGUUCAUUCAUCGGCCGGUGGCAGGUUGUCCGGUCCAAGCUGAUUUCCCUCCAGUCAUCCCUCGCCUCCCUCUCCGAUUCCCCUCACUGGUCCCAAAAUCCUCUCCUCCAUACUCUCUUACCGAAUCUCCUCUCCACGCUCCAGCGACUCCACGCGCUCUCCGCCCAAUGCAACGACCUCUCCGCCUCCGCCUUCCCCGGCGGCAAGCUGCUCUUCCAGAGCGACCUCGACAUCGCUUCCUCCACGCUCUCCAGCCUCCUCCACGACCUCGAUUUGCUGCUCAGAUCCGGCGUCCUCAACCAGUCCAACGCCAUCGUUCUGUCCCAGCCGGGCCCGGGGUCGGAGAAGGAGGAGCUCGUGUUCUUCAUCAGAGAUCUCUUCACCAGGCUGCAAAUCGGCGGGGUAGAGUUCAAGAAGAAGGCGCUCGAAUCUCUGCUCGAGAUUCUCAGCGACGACGAGAAAUCCGCGGCUCUGGUGGCGAACGAGGGCAACAUUGGAUACCUGAUUAGCCUACUGGAUCUCCACCACCAGCCGACGAUUCGAGACUGCGCCGUUUUGGCCGUGUCGAUCCUGGCGUCGUCGGCGAGCGACGAGUCGAGGAAGAUUGUGUUCGAGGAAGGUGGAUUGGGGCCUCUGUUGAGAGUUGUCGAAUCCGGUUCGAUGAUGUUGAAGGAGAAGGCAGCGGUUGCGGUGGAAGCCAUCACCGCCGAUGCGGACAACGGCUGGGCUGUUGCCGCCUACGGCGGCGUUGCGGUGCUGAUUGAGGCGUGCCGGUCGGGAUCUCUGGCUACGCAGGCACAUUCCGUCGGCGCCAUUCGGAACGUCGCCGGCGUUGACGACAUCAAGAUGGCUCUGGUGGAGGAAGGCGCCGUUCCUGUUCUGGUCAAUUUGUUGGUCUCCGGAACAGCGUCGGCGCAGGAGAAGGCGGCGCACUGUUUAUCGAUUCUGGCCGGUUCCGGCGAGUAUUUCCGGUCGCUAAUCAUCCAGGAAAGGGGAUUGCAGAGAUUGAUGCACUUGAUUCAAGAUUUGUCGAGCUCGGAAACGGUGGAGCACGUUCUGCGCGCUAUUACUUCUCUGGCGGCAUCGGAAUCGAUCUCCCGGAUCUUAUCAUCGUCGACAGCGUUCGUCGUCCGGCUCGGCGAACUAAUCCAGCACGGAAACCUAAAGCUGCAACAACUGUCGGCUUCUCUCGUAUCUCACAUAUGCCCCAGCGACGGGAACAAGCGAGCAAUCGGGAGCUGUAUGAGUUCGUUAGUGAAGCUAAUGGAGUCGCCGAAGCCGGCGGGGCUCCAGGAAUCGGCCUCGGAUGCAUUGGUCUCUCUAUUAUCAGUCAAAACGAAUCGGAAGGAGCUGGUGAGGGACGAGAAGAGCGUGAUGAGAUUGGUACAAAUGUUGGAUCCGAAGUGCGAGGCGGUGGCGAAGAAGUUUCCGGUGAUGGUGGUGACGGCGUUGUUGAGCGGAGGCAGCGGCGGGUGCCGGAAGAGGCUCGUCGCUGCCGGAGCGUACCCGCAGUUGCAACGGCUGACGGAGAUGGAAGUCGCCGGAGCCAAGAAGGCGUUGCAGAGACUCGCCGGUAAUAGACUCAAGAGUAUCUUCUCCAGGACGUGGAGGGAAUAAAGGCCUGAAAAGACACUAACACCCCUAGCUCCCCUCCCCCGCCAUCUGUGAAGGUACAUUUUUUACCCUCUCUCCUUGGGUGACGUUUUCCUGCCAAUGAGAUGGUGCCAAGUGUCCGGUAUCUCCAGCGUACAUGUAUAUUUUCCCGUGGACCCUAAACUCAGUCUAGAUUUGGUUGCAUAUGCCCCCCUCUUUUGUAGGACGGAAGUUAGCUUCCCUUUUCCUAUUACCAUAAGUGGGCCCCAGAACAGCUUCCUAGGUGGAGUCACGGGAGAGAGCACAGUAAAUGAACUGCUUGCUUUUGUAAAUUGUAAUGGUGGACUGUAUAAUUGGAAGUCCUUUUUAACUAACUGGCUCAAGAUUUUUCAAAAGAUAAGGGCGUAAAUUGUCAAGAUAAGGCGGUGUUUAGGUUUUUAUUAUUCAUUGACGGACCGGAUAGUUGACAAAUACAGGUUGUAAUUAAAGGGCCGGAAAUUUAGGUAGCAAGUCCAUUUAAUUAAUUAGGAUCUGGAUUCUCACUGACUGGUCGACAUGUGAGCUCCGCUGAUUAUGCUAGUAAUUGAGAUUUGAGUGAGUCUUCAUGGCAUUAUGCUCACAUGUCGUUGUACAUCGCGAAUUUUAAUGGUCACUGCGGUUGGUGCCUGGGCCUAAUCAGCAUGGUUUGCCGGACUGGUUUCUGAACUGGAUUUUGGUUGGUGUGUUUGUUGAUGUACAGGGUUGGCAGUCGGGGUUAACUGUUGAAAAGGGAAUGAGAUGAAGAAUGAAUUCUUCCAAAUUCUGUUUUUGGAGGGCAAAAAGCUAAAGCAAAAGCAAAGCAACCGGGACAGUUGGGCAGUGCACAAACUUCGUAUACCCCAACCCUUCCUUCCUUCCUUUCUUUUUGGCUUCACCUUUUGUAUGAAUUAGCAAAUUAUAAUAGAGUAUUAAUUUUAUUAUUAAUAAAUUAAUAUAGAGUACCAUAAUGCCACCACACCACCGCCCACCACCACCACAGCCCAUGAUUCAGGGAGAAAUCAGAGGGAUGUGCUAAUUGACAGUGGAGGGGGUUUAUUUAAAUGGGGGAGGAAAAGAAGGAAACACUAAAAAAGCAUGGAUGCAGUUUUUUAGGGAGUAUCCUUGUUUUUGUUUUUGGUUGCUCUGUAACUGGUAAUCCUCACUCAGGGAAGCUGUUAUAAGAGAAAAGGAGAAGAGAUGUGUAUUAAUGUGUUUGUCAGGUAAUGUAUGUAUGUACAAUCCAGCCAGCCAAGGAAGAAAGAAAAAAGAAGCCUUUGUUCUGUUUUGUUAUAUAGCCAGCAUGAGCAUACUGUACUCUGGGCAGAAAGGUUUAUAUUUGGAUUUUCUGCAGUUGGAUGCUAAUGAGCAGCUCUAUAUUGUUAGAUAGUCAUUUAUUGAGGGUUUAUUUGUUAUUUGGACGUUUUAUGUUAUGUCGGCUAUUUCGAGAAUUAUUGGGGUUAAAUCGGUUAGGUUAAGUCUUUGGGUAGUUAUAAGGAAUUAGUCGGUUUAUAUAUCUUCUGAGUUAGGCUUAGGAAGGUUAAGCAAUAACAACAGAAUUAUUCU